AUGGAUUAUGAUAUUAAGGAAAAAGUCUAUCCAAUAUGUUUUAUAAAUCAGUUAUAUAUAGCUUUAUAUAGUGAUGGCGGGUUUCUAUCUCACAACACCUCACGAGAUACGUAUCCUACACCUAUUCCUACUAAAGUUGUUAAUUAUAAUUCUGAACUUAGUAAAUCAGCUGAUCCAUUAUACGACCUUCCAGCGUAUGAUGAUUUCAAACCAAUGUUAAAGGGAAUUUUACUACGAAUUGUUUUAAUUUGUUCUGAGAAAUUACCGCAACUGGCUGUUGCCAAUAAAAUUAAAUAUCAAAUAUCAGCCCUGAUGCCUGAUGCCACUGCUAGUGCUUGUGCAUCGACAACCUAG